CCGAUUCACCAAUGUCGACAUGGCGUCUUUAGUCGCGGAUUAUAGUUCGGCUUCCGAGACAGAUAAUGAAGAUGCUGAUUCUGAAAGUGACACAAAGUCAAGCAGCAGGCGCAAUAGUGAAAUGUUCAGGGAGAUCUGUCUUCGUUUCGAAACACGAGGAAUGCUACUUACUGUCUAGGAGCGAGGGGAAUGACGGCUGUGGCAGCGCUGCUGUGGAGAAGCUCCCACGCCCAGACUUCGGAGCCCAGGGAGUGGCCAUCGUCAGGAACUCCGUCUUCUCGAACCCGUUCAUCGAAGCGGAAAACGCCAAGAAGGCCAUCCUGGAGAAGCACGUGAAGAUGACGCCGACGCAAGACGAAGUGAAGAUGAUCAACGGGAAGAAGAUAUGCUGGAACUUCAGGAAAGGAAGGUGCAGGUUCGGCCACAAGUGCAAGUUCGCGCACGACUCGGACUUGCAGAGCGCCAAGCCGGAGGCGAGUGAAGCGGGAGAGCAAGAUUUGGUGGUGGCGGAGGACAAUGGCGUUGCCAAAGACGUUGAAACCGGCAAGGCGACGACGAUGACGACCAAGAAGAAGCGACCCGGGUUGAGCCAGAGCCUGGUGCCCGGCAAGAAAGUCAUGAAGAUGUACAAGUCACAGACUCUCAGAGACAACCCUUGGAAGAAAACUAAAAAGACUAAGAAGGAAGAAAGGUGAUAAAAAUUAUUCUCUAGGUUACGUUUGUUCUAUGCAACAAUUUUAAUUAUUGUAAUUAUAUUUAAAGUUUUAACAUAUCAAAUAGUUUAUAUACAGAUCAACUAAGCAUGAUCAACUUUUCUGCUAGGUAAUCAUCACACACAUUGAUAAUAAAAAAUAUUUAUUUUUUGUAGACUUGUUUAGUUUUUUUUUGCUAAAAAUUAUUUAACUUUAUAUUGAACUUAUAUAUUUUGAAAUUAUUUAUUAUUAAAACUGGUUUGAUAUUCAA